CACAUACGCGUCGUGGAUCGCUCAGACCGAUCGCAGCCGACAUAUCCGUAGCACUCGUAUAUCGACCGGCUCGACAAUUUUAUAAUAAUGUUUUUGCGAUUGGUUGCAACGAGCAGAACAGUACCUCGGGCCUGCAGAAAAUGGCGAUUUUACUCUUCCGCCGUGGAAUACAAACCGAUUAGGAGCGUCCUGGUGGCCAACAGGGGUGAAAUUGCGGUCAGAGUAUUCAGAGCUUGCAACGAGCUUGGAAUCAAAUCGGUGGCCAUCUAUUCCAAAGAAGAUAGGGCUCAUAUCCACCGGCUCAAAGCAGACGAGAGUUACUUGGUAGGAGAGGGUUUGCCGCCGGUACAAGCCUAUUUAAACAUUCCCGAGAUCAUAAAAAUUUGCAAGGACAACGGCAUAGAUGCGGUACACCCUGGCUAUGGUUUCCUAUCGGAGAGAUCGGACUUUGCCCAGGCAGUGGUCGACGCGGGAAUAAGGUUUAUCGGGCCGAAACCCCAAGUGGUUUACCAAAUGGGAGACAAGGUGGCAGCUAGGGAGGCGGCCAUAGCGGCCGGAGUGCCGAUUGUGCCCGGUACCGAUGGUCCUAUAACGACCAAAGAAGAAGCGAAAGAGUUUUGCGUCAAACACGGCCUGCCUGUGAUUUUUAAGGCAGCUUACGGCGGCGGGGGCAGAGGGAUGCGGGUAGUGAGAAACAUUGAAGACGUGGAGGAAAGCUUCCAAAGGGCAUCGUCGGAGGCUCUUAGCGCCUUUGGAAAUGGCGCUAUGUUUAUCGAAAAGUUUAUAGAGAGGCCCCGCCACAUCGAGGUACAGUUAUUAGGCGACAAAGCCGGUAAUGUGGUGCAUUUGUACGAACGAGACUGUUCCGUACAAAGGCGCCAUCAAAAGGUGGUUGAGAUGGCGCCGGCGCCACAUUUAGAUCCCCACAUUCGCGAGCAAAUGACCUCGCUGGCCGUGAAACUGGCCAAACAUGUGGGUUACGAGAACGCAGGUACUGUGGAGUUUCUAUGCGAUGCCAACGGAAAUUUCUAUUUCAUUGAGGUGAACGCGCGUUUGCAGGUCGAACACACGGUCACUGAAGAGAUCACCAGUCUCGAUCUGGUUCAAAGCCAGAUCCGGAUCGCCGAAGGUAUGACCUUGCCGGAGCUGGGUAUUACCCAAGAUACUGUUAAACCGAACGGAUUCGCCAUCCAAUGCAGAGUAACCACCGAAGAUCCCGCCAAAAAUUUUCAACCCGACACCGGUAGAAUCGAAGUGUUUCGAUCGGGUGAAGGUAUGGGUAUUAGGCUGGACGGCGCUUCAGCGUUCGCUGGAGCUAUCAUCUCACCCUAUUAUGACUCCCUAUUGGUUAAGGUCAUAGCUCAUUCGAAUGAUUUGCCGUCGGCGUGCGCCAAAAUGAACAGAGCUCUUCGUGAGUUCCGCGUCAGAGGAGUGAAAACGAAUAUUCCCUUCUUGCUGAACGUAUUGGAAAACGAAAAGUUUCUCAACGGUUCGGUUGAUACGUACUUCAUCGAUGAAAAUCCGCAACUUUUUAAAUUCGCCCCCACGAAGAACAGAGCCCAGAAGCUCCUCAACUAUCUGGCGACUCUGCUGGUUAACGGCCCUCAAACUCCCCUGGCGACGACGUUAAAGCCCGCCGAGGUCAAGCCUAAAAUCCCUCCAACCUCUCUAGAGUAUCUGGCCUACACUGCCGAACAGAAACCAAGUGCCCAAGUUCCAAAAGGCUUCCGGCAAAUUUACAAGGAACAAGGGCCGGAAGCUUUCGCGAAGGCCGUGCGGUCCCAUAAGGGGCUUCUGCUGAUGGACACUACCUUCAGAGACGCCCAUCAAUCGCUUUUGGCUACUAGGGUGCGCUCUCACGAUCUGCUGAACAUAUCACCCUUCGUGGCGAACAAUUUCUCCAACCUUUAUGCCUUGGAAAACUGGGGCGGUGCUACUUUUGACGUAGCUCUCAGGUUUUUGCACGAGUGUCCGUGGGAAAGGUUGGAAGACAUGCGCAAGCUUAUUCCAAACAUUCCGUUUCAAAUGCUGCUGAGAGGCGCUAAUGCAGUGGGAUACACCAACUAUCCAGAUAAUGUGGUGUUCAAAUUUUGCGAACUAGCGGUCGAAACCGGUAUGGAUGUGUUCCGAGUGUUUGACUCUUUAAAUUAUCUGCCCAACAUUUUCGUGGGCAUGGAAGCGGCGGGAAAAGCGGGCGGUAUAGUGGAAGCGGCGAUCUCGUACUCUGGAGACGUCAGUAAUCCGGAAAAGAAAAAGUACGACCUUAACUACUACCUGAAGAUUGCUGACGAGUUGGUGAAAGCCGGAACCCAUGUGUUGGCUAUCAAAGACAUGGCCGGAUUGCUGAAACCCCGAGCAGCUACAAUGCUAGUUGGGGCAUUGAGAGAUAAAUACCCAGAUUUGCCUAUUCACAUCCACACUCACGACACUAGCGGCGCAGGCGUGGCUUCUAUGUUGGCAUGCGCAGAAGCGGGAGCGGACGUCGUCGACGUCGCAGUAGACUCAAUGUCUGGCAUGACAUCGCAACCUAGCAUGGGUGCUAUCGUAGCUAGCUUGCAAGGCUCGCCUUUGGCUACAGACAUCGACUUGGCCAAGGUCUCCGAAUACUCCGCCUAUUGGGAACAAACCCGUACGCUGUACGCACCGUUCGAAUGUACUACGACGAUGAAAAGUGGCAACGCUGAUGUCUACAACAACGAAAUACCAGGGGGUCAGUAUACCAACUUGCAGUUUCAAGCGUACUCGCUGGGCCUCGGUGACUUUUUCGAGGACGUCAAAAAGGCUUACGCCGAGGCGAACAUAUUAUUAGGAGACAUCAUAAAAGUGACCCCGUCGUCAAAAGUGGUCGGCGAUUUGGCCCAGUUCAUGGUACAAAACAAGCUCUCCCCUCAAGACGUAUUGGACAGGGCCGAAGAACUAUCGUUUCCGAAAUCGGUGGUGGAGUUUCUUCAAGGUCAUAUCGGACAACCUCACGGCGGUUUCCCCGAGCCGCUACGUUCCAAGGUGCUACGAGAUAUGCCGCGUAUCGAGGGCAGACCCGGGGCAAGUUUGCCGCCCCUCAAGAUGGACGAGUUGGCCACUGAAAUCAGGCAAACUUUUCCCACCGCCACGGACCGCGACAUCAUGAGCGCCGCUCUCUACCCCCAAGUGACCAAAGAAUACCUCGCGUUCAACGAUCAAUACGGCCCUGUCGACAAACUAGACACUAGGAUAUUUUUGACCGGACCCAAAGUGGGGGAGGAGUUUGAAGUCACCAUCGAAAAGGGAAAAACCUUAGGUAUUAAGACUCUCGCUGUGGCGGAAGAUCUUACCGAACACGGCGAAAGAGAAGUGUUUUUCGAACUGAACGGUACUCUGCGUUCUGUUCUGAUCAGAGACAAAGAGGCAGGCAAAGAGAUUCAGUUGCAUCCUAAGGCAGUCAAGACUGACAGCAAACAGAUCGGGGCGCCCAUGCCCGGCACAGUGAUCGACAUUAGAGUUAAGGUAGGGGAAAAGAUUGAGAAAGGUACUCCUUUGGUGAUUCUGUCUGCGAUGAAGAUGGAGACGGUGGUACAGAGCCCGGUCGCCGGCGUAGUAAAGACCAUCAAUGCCCAAAUGAACAUGAAAUUGGAAGCUGAAGAUUUGAUAUUAAGCUUAGAAUAAAGUAGAUAUACCUUAUAUAUACGCGUUUAUUUUUAGCGGGCGUUUCAUUUUAUAAGACCUCCUUUUAAAGUGUGGCGAGUGUUAAGCCCGUGAUGGUACACGCAAUGUGAUGUGUUUUUUAAGAUUUCUUUCUCUUUAAUUUUGAUAAAAUAAACGAUACC